GGGAGAAAAAAAAAAAAGAAGCAAAUCAUGUUCCUAAAGCUUUGGUACUUCCAUUUUUUCCUUCUCAUCAACAUUCUAUUCAAUUCCACUUCUUCUGCCAUCUUCUCCAACCAAUACCAAACACAGGAAGCUGAAGCUCUCCUGAAAUGGAAAAACAGCCUCAGCCUGGAUACCGGUCCGUCGAGUUACGGAGCCCUCUCUUCGUGGGCCCUCUCCGCUGAUAAUGGCACCACCCCAUGUUCUUGGGAAGGGAUCGGGUGCAACUACUCGGGACGGGUCGCAUCCAUUAACCUCACCAAUAUCGGCCUUAGAGGUACACUGCACGAAUUCAACUUCUCUUCCUUGCCCGCCAUGUCCUCUCUUGAUCUUCACGACAACGAACUCUCCGGUGAAAUCCCUCCUCGGAUUUUCACCAGCCUACCCAACCUCACCCUCCUCAACUUGGGUUUCAAUCAGUUCAGCGGAUACAUUCCUCAGGCAGUGGGGAAAUUGAGUAAACUCAAUGUGUUGAGCCUAUCCAACAAUCUCCUCGUUGGUUCCAUUCCUCCUAGUGUUGGAAACUUGACCAACCUCUCUCUCCUUCACCUAGCCAGUAAUCAUUUUUCGGGGUCCAUCCCGCCGGAAAUUGGAAAUCUUAAGUCCCUCGUCGAGCUGCGGUUGAACCUGAACAAUCUCACGGGCUGGAUACCUGCUUCCAUAGGCAACUUGACUGGCCUAAAGGUCUUGUCUCUCUAUGGUAACCAGCUUUCCGGUCCAUUGCCUCGAGAGAUUAAUAACCUCACGAACUUGACCUUGUUCUUCCUGUCCAACAACACCAUUUCCGGUUUCCUUCCCAAAAAUAUUUGCCAGGGAGGUAUCCUUGAAGAUUUUUGUGCCAGCAAUAAUCGCUUCACGGGCACUGUUCCGAAGGGACUGAAGAAUUGCACCAGCCUAACACGGCUCCGACUGGAUAGGAACAACCUUGUGGGGAACAUAUCCGAGGAUUUUGGGAUAUAUCCUAACCUCGACUAUGUUGACCUGAGCUACAACAAUUUCCGGGGCGAGAUUUCCCCGGACUGGGGAAAGUGCAGGGUCCUCACGAGCUUGAAGAUCUCGAAUAAUUACAUUACCGGUGAAAUACCCGAAGAGAUUGCGCAAUCAUCUCUUCUGCAUUUUCUCGACCUUUCCUCGAACCUCCUCGAGGGUAGGAUUAAGAGUGAGUUGGGAAACCUGAGGUCACUGUUCAACUUGACUCUAAGUCACAACAAUCUUUCGGGCGAAAUCCCGCAGGCAAUAGGCACCUUGCCGGACUUGGCCUACCUUGACUUGGCAGGAAACAGCCUCACCGGCCCAAUACCCAGGACGCUCGGGGAUUGCUUGAAGAUGCUGUACUUGAACCUGAGCCGAAACAAUCUUGACGGAAGUAUUCCUGAAGAGUUUGGCAAGUUGCUGUCCCUACAAAUGGGAUUGGAUCUCAGCAAGAACUCACUGUCAGGGGAAAUUCCAAGUCAAAUUGGGAACCUCAUUAAAUUGGAAGUCUUGAACAUUUCCUAUAAUCAUUUGGUCGGUCCAAUCCCUUCCACAUUUGAUAAUUUGGACAGCCUUAGAUCGGUUGAUGUGUCCCACAACAGCUUGGAGGGUCCUUUACCGAACAACAAAGCCUUCCAGGAAAUGCCAAUCCAAUCCUUUGAAGGCAACAAGGGCCUUUGCACAAAUGACCAUACUCCUGCCGGCUUAACGAUUUGCCCGGUUGCAAUAAAAAAUGGUGAAGACAGCAAACGGGGUCGCAUACUUCUGGUCAUGGUCCCCAUCGCCGGGGCUUCGGUCAUUCUGGCCAUACUGGUAGGGGUUCUGUAUGCAUGUUGCCAUGAAAAGGCUAUAACUGGGGCCAGGAGGGCGUCAGGCGAUUCGAGUCAAAAUGGGAAUAACCUCUUUGACAUCUGGAGCUACGAUGGGAAGCUGGUCUAUGGGGACAUCAAUGAAGCGACGGAAGGGUUCGACUCCAAGUACUGCAUCGGAACUGGAGGUAGUGGCAGCGUGUACAAGGCAGAGCUGUCGACAGGCCAAGUAGUGGCGGUCAAGAGGCUCCACAGUUUCUACCAAUGCAGGGACAGAAGGACGUUCGAGAGUGAGAUCCAAGUCCUGAACAAGACACUGCACCGGAAUAUCGUGAAGCUCCUUGGCUUCUGCGCACGAGAGGAAAAGUCGAUCCUAGUCUACGAGUAUCUGUCCAGGGGGAGCCUAGGGAAUAUCCUGAGGAACAAGGCGGAGGCAAUGGAGCUUGACUGGGACAAGAGGGUUAAUGUGAUCAAAGGAGUUGCUAAUGCCAUCCAUUACAUGCAUUAUGAUUGCUCGCCUCCUGUGAUUCACAGAGACAUCUCGUCGAGCAACGUCUUGCUGGACAGUGACUUCGAGGCUCAUGUCUCUGAUUUCGGGACCGCUCGGCUCUUGAAGUUUGAUUCGUGGACUUGGACUGGUGUUGCUGGGACUUAUGGCUACAUUGCUCCAGAACUUGCCUACACAAUGAAGGUCACGGAAAAGUGCGACGUAUACAGCUUCGGAGUGGUGGCACUAGAAACGCUAAUGGGCCGACAUCCCGCAGAAAUGAUGUGCUCUAUCGCGUCUUCAUCGCCAGGGCCCCAAUCAUCCCCUUCUUCAUCAUCAGCCAUGCUGUCUUUGUUGCAAGAGUACACCGAGCAUAUGCCAUUAGAAGACAUGCUAGACGAGCGCCUCCCAGCUCCUCGUCCAGAAACGAUCGAAGAAAUAGCAACAAUAGUGAGACUGGCUUUCGCGUGCUUGAAUUCAAAUCCACAGCUCAGACCAACCAUGCAGCAAGUUUCACGGGAGUUGUCAACUCAUAAGAUCUCUCGCUCAAAGUCACUAGAAAGAACCGAACAGCUAGAAGAGGAUGAUUUCAGCCGUUAACUUGCAAUCAUUCAGCACUAGUUGAUAGUUGAAUCCGAUGAAAUCCCGAAAGACGCCGAGCUUCAAAAGGAUCAUCUUUUGCUUUCAACUUUGCCUGAUACUGAGUUAUGAAUAAAAUGAACAAGUCCCCA